AUGGCACCACUAAAGAAAGAAGAGGAUCCGGUAAAGGUUCUACUGCGAGGUCGCGUCAAACGCGAUAACAUAUUAAAUUCGGUUAAAAAUAUUCACGCCACAGCAUUAGAGGCACGCGCUGAUAUUGGGAAAAUACCGUCGUUAAUUAUUCACGCUGAAGAACUAAAUAAGUUCGUCGAACAAUUUCAACAUCAACAAGACAUCAUUAUUAACGCAUUAAUCGACGCCGACCGUAUUGCUGAGUUUGAACAGGUUGAUCGUCCGUUGAUUACUUCCAUGGAAUCCAUGCGUCUUGAAAUAAAAACAAUUGUCGCGAGUGCCGUUCCUGUGUCUACUUCCGAAAGUAAAUCGUCGUCUUCGUCGUUCACCAAUUCCGUGCCACAACAACAAUUCGUCGCGUUACCUAAAAUUAAAUUACCUAUGUUCGACGGCAACUUACUAUCGUGGCGAUCGUUUCGCGAUAUAUAUAUAUCACUCGUACAUGAUAACCAACACAUAGAUGACGCACAGCGUUUUCAUCACUUACUGUCGUGUCUAUCUGGUUCAGCGUUGGCUAUUAUUAAAUCUAUACCGUUGUCCGCGGCUAACUACCCGAUCGCGUGGGACGCGUUGUCCGAGCGUUACAACAAUAAACGUUUGUUAGCUUCCGCUCACAUGGACAAAUUAUUCGCCUUUAAACCAAUCGCUCAUGAAUCACUACCAGCUUUAAUUGAGUUCGUCAAUACAUUUAAGGAAAAUGUAUCAAUAAUUAAAUCGCUGGGGGUCGAUGACCUUUCGAGUUUUUUGCUGUUCCAUAUGUGCUCUCGCGUUCUCGACCCGACCACGUUACAACUGUUCGAAUCUAGUACGUCACAGUCAACUAUUCCGACUUUUGACGAAUUAGUAAAUUUUGUGCAACAUCGAUGUAAGAUUUUGGAAAAUCUUACAAAAUCUAAUAAAGUCGGUCGCAACGAAAAACCGUUCGAAAAACCGGAUGUUCGCGGUAAACAUACCAAAUCGACUAAAUCAGUGUUCGCUGCUACUACGUCCGCUUCGACUAAAUUUAAGACUAGGAAUUGUUUAUAUUGUGAUAAGCCCGAUCAUAGAAUAUAUCAAUGUCCGAAACUCACCGGAAUGACUGUUGAUAAACGACGAGACGUUGUAUUAGCUCGUAAAUUGUGUUUCGCGUGUUUGAGUUCGAGUCAUAUGGUCAAUACGUGUCCGUCGACCAAGGGUUGUUUUUCGUGCAACAGUAAGCGUCAUCACACCCUACUACAUCGUGAACAAAAUCAAACGUCAACUGUAGAUAAUACGACUUCGAAUAGUACCCCGGUACCCCAACCCACCACGUCGAGUGGUAAUUCUAGCUCGUUUGUCGGUGCCGCCUGCACCAAUUCUACCGUCGUACUAGGUACAGCGAUUGUUCACAUUAAAGAUGCGUGGGAACAAGUACAUUGCGUACGCGUACUGCUCGAUAGUGGCUCGCAGAUUUCCGCCAUGACUAGUGAUUGUGCAGCGCGGCUUGGACUUUCGAAACGUCGUUACAAGUCUGACAUCGUAGGUUUCGCACAAAGUCCUGUGUCCCACGUUCAAGGUAUAACCCGCUGUCAAUUUUCGUCACACGUUAAACCAGAUUAUUUAUUCCCGUCUGUUGACUUAGUUGUUCUAAAACAAAUUACCACUGCCAUGCCAGCUACUCGGUUACCAGCGACCGUGCGUCAACAAUAUCAACACCUUCGACUCGCCGAUGACAAAUUCGACACUCCGUCUCGCAUCGACGUUUUAUUCGGUGCGGAUAUCCUACCAAGUCUGAUCCGCCCACACGCGGGUGUGGAACAUCAUUCGGGUUUACCAUCGGCCCUUGACACUCAGCUUGGCUGGAUAAUUUUCGGUUCAUUUUCUACUCCGAACAAGUCACCUCCAGUCACGCUGACCACCGCAGUCGCUCCGCCCUCAAUCGAAGAUUUAAUUAAAAAAUUCUGGUUGAUCGAAGAACCCGCCGCACCGUCGUCACCUACCACGGAAGACCAGUGGUGUGAAGAGUAUUUUACUAAGUCUACCUCGCGUGAUACGACAGGUCGAUUUUGUGUCGCCCUACCAUUUCGCCAUUUGUUCACCGGCCCAACUCAACAGCAUGGUACAUCGCAUCACGGUCUCGGUGAUUCGCGUUCUAUAGCGCUGAAAAGAUUCUAUAAUCUAGAAAAGCGAUUAGCCAAGGAUCCCGUGCUGUAUGCGGCGUAUCGUCAGUUCAUGUCCACCUACCGUUCGCUGGGACACAUGGUGCCAGCCCCGUCACCGGGCAUCUAUUUUAUUCCGCAUCAUGCCGUAUUCAAAGCCGACGGUGACAUGUCCAAAAUACGUGUCGUGUUCGACGCAUCAUCCGCCUCGUCAUCCGGUCGCUCCUUGAACGAUAUAUUGUGCACCGGACCGAAGCUGCAAGUCGAUCUACGCGAUAUUCUACUCCGCUGCCGUAUGCAUCGAUAUAUUCUGUCCGCCGACAUUGUCAAAAUGUACCGACAAAUGUUAAUUCGUCCAGAAGACAGGGCAUUUCAACAUAUUUUUUGGCGUGACGCGCCUAGCGACGACGUCGUUGAAUUUCAAUUGUGUACCAUCACGUACGGCCUCAACUGUGCGCCGUAUCUAGCCAUACGUUGUCUACACGAGCUCGACAGCCAAGACGGUAAUCGGUUUCCGUUAGCCAAAGACGUUCUCACCAGAACCGCCUACGUCGAUGAUAUCGUCAUCGGCGCCGACACUGAAGAGCUAUUGUUACGUCGAAAAACGGACAUCGUCGGUCUACUGCGCAGCUGUGCCUGCGAGUUGAGUAAGUGGACCAGCAAUAGCACCGCCGUACUCGAGUCUGUUCCUUCCGGGGACCGAGUACAGGCCAUAUCAUUCGACCCUCAAGAAGAACACGCCGUGAAAGUUCUCGGCCUGCACUGGGACACGAACACCGACAAAUUUGUUUAUCAUACCAGCCUUCAACAGACUUCGUCUACGAAACGAGAAGUGUUGUCCGUCAUUGCCCGCCUAUUCGACCCCAUCGGCGCCCUGGGACCAAUGCUACUGUGGGCAAAGUGUUUUAUGCAGCUUUUGUGGAGCAAGAAACUCGGGUGGGACGAUCCGAUGCCUGACGAGUUGCAAUCCAUGUGGCAACAGUUCUGCACAGAAUUACCACUUGUGUUCGAUUUAAGCCUACCACGUCACAUCGAAGCCACUUGUCAACAGGACAUCCAGCUGCUAGGCUUCGCAGACGCGUCGAUCAAAGGAUAUGCGGCUACCAUUUACCUUCGUCUCGUCGAUGCCGCCGGCAAUAUUUCUGUAAAAUUCAUUACCUGUAAAACUAAGGUUGCGCCUUUGAAGAGCUCGACCGCCGACGAGUCGCUAUCGAUACCACGCCUAGAACUGUGCGGUGCUCUGUUAUUGGCCCGUACCCUUCACCAUGUGCAUUCUGUUCUGUCCAGCGAAGUUCCCGUAUCUCGUUUGCGAGCAUGGUCAGACUCAUCGGUCGUCUUGUCAUGGUUGACGUCGGACCAAAAACAUUUCAAGAUCUUUGUAACAAAUCGAGUUGCAAAAAUAAGUCAAUUGCUACCUGGUUGUAUGUGGAGUUACGUCUCGACCAACGACAACCCCGCGGAUCCAGCUUCUCGUGGACUGUUGCCGAAAUCAAUGUUGUCCUCGUCCAUCUAUUGGAACGGUCCUGACUUCCUACGACUUCCCGAAGACCAGUGGCCCCAAUCGAGAUUUAUUCCGCUCACACCAGACCAGCUGCCGGAGACCCGACCGAAUGUCAUCACGACGUUGGCCGUCAAUGUUCAUCCGCCUUCACUCGAAUUUAUUGACCGAUUUUCGUCGCUCGGUAAAAUGCUGCGUGUAUUGUCAUACAUAUUGCGCUACCUGUGUCACCGUCUACGUCGACAACCUGUCCGCGUCGGUCCAAUCACGUUUACCGAACGGGAAAGAUCGUUAUCGAUCGCCGUGCAACGCACACAACAAGUUUAUUUUUCAGACUUGAGAAAAAUGUUAAAAAAUGAAUCCAUGAUUUCGCCGCCGUCCCUGGCACAACUAGCACCUUACGUCGACGAAAAGGGUAUCAUUCGAGUCGGAGGCCGUCUUCGCUUCGCUAGUGCCAGUCAGGACGCGAAGCACCCGAUUUUGCUGCCGCGAUCCUCACACCUCACCGAGCUGAUUAUUCGCCACUACCACCUGUCAUUUCUGCACGGCGGCUCAAAAUUAGUACUGUCAAUGUUAAGCCAAAAAUUUUGGAUUUUGUCGGGUCGCGCUGCGGUUCGACGUGUCAUAUUUUCGUGCGUUCCGUGCACCCGUCACAAGGCUGUCCGCCCUCAGCCGAUGAUGGCAGAUUUACCGUCCUACCGGGUCCAACCGCAUCGACCUUUUUCGCACGUCGGGAUGGAUUACGGAGGCCCGUUCUUCGUGAAAGAACAUCGCCGUCGGAAUGCGCAAUCAGUCAAGGUCUACUUAGCAUUAUUCAUCUGUAUGUCCGUUAAGGCAGUCCACCUCGAAAUCGUGUCGGAUUUGAGCACGGAGGCCUUCCUUGCAGCCUUAGACCGUUUCGUCGCCCGUCGCGGCAUCCCGUCCAACAUUUAUUCGGACUGUGGGACAAAUUACGUCGGCGCCGCGCGCCAGCUGAAAACGUUGUUCCGUGAUGCCAAAGUUCAAGAUCGUCUGUCAUCACAUCUGACCUGUGCGUGGCACUUCAACCCGCCCGCCGCCCCACAUUUCGGUGGAAUUUGGGAGGCUGGCAUCAAAAGCACCAAAUAUCAUUUCAAGCACGCCAUCGGUCAACAGGUGUUGACAUAUGAGGAGUUCCUCACCUUGACCACCCGCAUUGAGGGUAUUUUAAACUCGAGACCAAUCACGCCAACAUCAUCCGAUCCGCACGACUUGAGUGCGCUAACGCCCGGGCACUUUCUGAUAGGACAGCCGCUUCAAGCUUUACCCGAACCUGACCUCACCGACGUCCAAAUCAACAGGCUGAAUCGUUGGCAACUCAUUCGACAGUGUCAUCAAUCCUACUGGAAACGGUGGUCACGUGAAUAUUUAUCUACACUACAAGGACGACACAAAUGGUUCAAGUCAUCUCCGAAUUUGACGAUCGGUGACAUGGUCAUCGUUGAGGCCCCCUCUCGACCACCAACUGAGUGGCGUCUCGGUCGUGUCACCGAGGUCCACCCGGGAUCAGACGAGGUUGUUCGCGUCGUGUCCGUGCGCACGCAGGACGGUGUCUACAAACGUCCGGUAGUGAAACUUGUGCGUUUACCAGUCGAGCCCUGA